GGGUGCUUGGGUCGAGCGUCGAGCCUCUGGGAUUAUAGAGUACCUACUUUGCAGUUGCCAAUUGCGGUGCAUCAGGUUUAUUGGGGGAUAGCACCCUUGCAAUGUCAUCUCCAGCCAAGAUGGCCAAGAGCGCGCUGCGGAAGCGUGUCAAGGCAGCGGUAAGUCAGCUCAGCUCUGAGGAGCGCGCCCGGCAGAGUCAGGCAGUGACCCGUCAGCUGCUGGCGCUGCCACAGUACCAGCAAAGCCAACGCGUGUCCGUGUAUCUCAGCAUGCCGGACGAGAUCCAGACGGGUGACAUCGUGGCCGACCUGUUACGCGCCGGCAAACAGUGCUUCAUCCCGCGUUACGAGUCCGGCUCGUCUCACAUGGACAUGGUGCGUCUGCACUCGGCUGCCGACCUCGCCGCGCUGCCCACCACCAAGUGGAACAUCCAGCAGCCUUCCCUGGACGAGCAGCGCGAGGAGGCGCUCCAGACGGGAGGCCUCGACCUGAUCCUGAUGCCGGGUCUGGCGUUCAGCCGCGCCGGUCACCGGCUGGGGCGCGGCCGCGGCUACUACGACCGCUACCUGACGCGCUGCCGGGAGGCGCAGCAGCGGCCGCCCGUCACCGUGGCGCUGGCCUUCGCCGAGCAGCUGGUGGACGAGGUGCCCGUGGAGGAGACGGACGUGCCCGUGGACGUGGUCCUGUGUGCCGGCGGCGAGGGCGACCACUGAGCGCCGGGCCGCGUCCGCAGCAGAGGGGUGCUCGGUGCCCAGUAGUCGGGGUAGCUGGGUAGCGAUGGCGUAUCUGGGCUCUGAAGACCUUCAAACCUUUGCUAGAAGCAUGUACUUGAAUUUCGAUCCUUUACUGGGAUGUAUUUGUAACAGGCCUGCUCUCGAGUUGAGACCGCGGGCGUGGCUGGGACGACUGCGCUGUGCCUACUGUCCUGUAUAACCGGACACCGGUCUUGAACCAGCAAAGGAAACUAACUCGUAGCAAAUGCUGGGGAUGAAUAGUUAUUAGUUUGGUAGACUGAUUUUGUUUACGGGGCACAUUGCUUAUGAUUCUGCAAUAAGUGAGUAGCCAAGUGACUCAUUAAACUGCUCAAAGCCGUCAGCUACGUCGACUUCUCUCGAAUACGUUAUGGUAUUACCGACAACCUUGGACAAGUGUCAGUCAGCCUCUACUUCGGUCUUUUUUCGAACUCGAUGUUUAGGUGACUAAGCACGGGUGUCCUCGACUCUCGAGUGUUGUGGUGCAAUAUUUUGAGCGGUGGGCUUUCAGAUAUGAGGUCAAGGUUGAUACUGCCCAUCCUGGCCACAUUAAUUAGUCUCGGGGCACUGUAUUUUCUCGAGGGGUCUGUUGCAGUCUCUCCUGAAGGCGUAUAGAUCUGAGCAAGAUAUAAGCCAAUUUUGUAACCAGGCCAUUUUGUGCCGAUAAUAGAUUUUAUUUUCGAAAAACGUGUGUGAACGAACGACUUCUAUGAGUAGCUGGACUGACUGUGAACCAUUUCUAAGUUAACAGAAGGACAGUUUAAUUAGACAAUUAGUCAUGUGAUAGCGCUCCUUUGUGUGCCCUGAGAUGAUGGUGCGUUCUGCGCCGGCCUACUAUCCCUCAAUCAGUAACCGGCGCACGGCGGACACCCUCUGCUCGGCCCAACAUCCGGUACACCUGUGCCGAUUGUUUUAUUCAAUCGCCGAUUUCUGUGCGCGCCGAGCGCGCCCUCAAACGACUGCCGUCACGCGACCAUUACCGCGGAGACGUCGGUGGCACCACCGGCCCAGCUGGGCGUCGCCGCUCCAUUAUUGAUGGCGUCACGGGUGCGGGCGCCCACAACACGGCCCGAUCACCGGGCGCCGGACACAACACGGCGUCGUCAAGCCCGCGCCGCCGGGACCGGGCGCCCGUCGGCCGUCCGUCGGUCGGUAGGUCGGUCAGUGGCGCGCGGCGGGUCACAGCGACCAGGCGGCGGCGGGCGGUGUCAUGGAGGGCACCUAGCCCCGGCCCCACUCGCCAUCGCCCGGGCGCGGUGUCAAACGGUGAUGGGGGUGUCGCGGGGGACGGGUGCCGAGGACCUGCCGCCAGGGGUGGACGUGAAGGUGGUGUUCGAGAGGACCCCGGCCGCCUACCUGCACGGCACGUCAGUCGUCGGACGGGUGAUACUGACCUUGGAAAACCAAUUCGCCGUCACAUGCAUCCACGUGCGGUGUCGCGGCGAGACAGUGGUCUCUUUUGUGGACGCUGACCACUCUGUGCGGGCCUGGGUGCCGGACUCCAUCACCACGCGGAAGGCGGCCAAACAGGCCCGAGUCCACCCCACCGCAUCACUGAAGACCGCGGCGCUGGUGGCCGACAUACACUCUUUCGGCGCCUCCAUCCUCAAUGUCGGCCCCGGCGAGAAGUCCAAACGGACAGACACCAUCGGCAGUAUGCUGCCGGCGGUGAUCAGCUCUGCUCCGAAGCGGGCUCCGCCGGCCCCGGCGCGGCCCGAGUCUCUGCUCAGCGUGCCGCCGUCGGGUCAGGUGACCCCGGCCCGACCCAGGUCGCUGCUCAGUGUGGCCGCCUCGGAGAGGACCUCGCUCUACUCGCAGCCAAUGUCUCUGGGCACGGAGCGCCAGAUGGGGCCGCAGACGGUGCCGGUGCGGGCGACCCAGACGCUGCUGGACCAACAGCGGGUGCUCUUCGGCAUCAGAAACUCCGACUACGCCGCGCCGCUGCCGGCCGGCCAGCACCAGUACCCGUUCCGGUUCGUGCUGCCGGCCGAGCUGCCGCCGGCCUUCUCCGGGCGGUACGGGUUCGUCCGCUACCUGGUGACGGCCGUGGUGGAGCGUCAGAUCCCGCUGCCGUCGCUUAGCCGCGCCGCCGCCUUCUCCGUCAUACCCGAGAAGGGCGUCAGCGACGUCAAACACGCAGCGACUGCGACUCGCAGCCAGGCCAGCCGGUUCUUGUGCGGGUUUUGCUGUCGGCGAGGUCCCCUCACCAUUUCUCUGGAGGUGGGCCGCCGAGCCGCCGCGCCCGGUCAGAGCCUUCCCGUCAGCGGGGAGGCUCUCAACAUCAGCGGCCGCGUCAUGCCGGCAACGUCACUACGACUUAUGCAGCUGGUGACGUACCGCACUGGCUCCGGCACGUCCCACCUGCUGGACCGGCGGGUGGUGAGCGGCGCCGAGCGCGGCCCGCUGCCGCCCGGCAGGUCAGAGACGUUCGCCGAUCUGCGCCUGCUGGUGCCGCCGCUGCCGCCCUCCUUCAGCUGCCCGCUCAUCGACGUCCGAUACGCCGUGGAGGUGACGAUGGAGCACCCGGACCCGGUGCUCACGCUGCGCACCGCCGUACCGAUAACCAUCGGAACACUACCCUACCUGAAGCCCCCUGCCGACGAGACGCAGCCGGUCGUGGAGACGUCCACAGCAGCUCUCCGUCUGGGCGCCGCCUACAAACACCUCCCUGCGUACACCCUCCGUCCGUGUUUCUGGGGCGCGCGCAGUAUCGAGGGCGACACGGACCGCCGGCAAAGCUCGUCGCGCCGCUGUCUGGUGCUGCCCGGCCACGACGCGUGGACGCCGUACUACCCCGUGUUCCGUGAACCGGACACCGAGCUGCAGCGUCCCGCCGAGUGACGGGUGGCAGGCGCCGCGGUGUCAGAGACGGUGGAUAGGGUGAAUGUGAACCUGAAACGGGUGGAUUAAAAUGUUAUAUUUUUGACUGUUUCGCGAUUUCACCGUUUGUUGACGUGAGUUGUAAUCAGAAAAGUGACUCGUCUGAAGAAGGCUCGAGGGCAAACUCAAGGUCCAACACUCGAACUCGGUAUUAGUGCAUAAUAGGGUUAGCUCCAGAAUCCAGAAUUUAUGCAUUUCUUAAACGCAUUUAAAUGCAUUUCUUAUGCUACAAAGAAAUCGCUGCUUUUAUUAAGCACAAUAAAUUUCGUGCAGUUCACUUCUCAUCGUUCCGUCUUUUCCAUCCUCAGGAUAGUCAAAUCCUUUUCUCCUCCAGGCCUCAACCCCUGCUCCGGGCUGGACUGGCAACUUUAUCCCAUGCGGGAAGCUCCCAUAGGGGCACGCCCGUAGCCGGGUGCAGUGAGUACCAGUGCAGGCUGGGUGGCCUGUCGCACUAGAUGGGCUCAGCCACGGCGAAUCGCCAGGGUGCCCGCCCAUACCAAUGUCUCCCCCUAAUCCCUAUCAUCCUUCCAGCCCUUGGUCUCCUCCGACCAAAAGGGCCUAAUCCAACAAAACCAAAAAAAAAAAAAAAACAAUGUUAAAUUCUCGAUGAGAUAAGGCUUGCAUUAUUUUCAGUCGUCCAAUUCUGAAAAAAAACAUACAUCUUCAUCGCUCACUCAACUUCCAACACGUUGGGCCAUUGUAAGAUAACUAAGUAAAUCAACACAAUAACGGCUACAUGCAGGCAAGGCAGCGAUCAUCUAGGUACCUAUAUCAAACUUUUUGUCCCCGUCACGGUACGAAAAUACAUACACGUAGCUUGAUAUGACCCAGGUUUAAUAAAGCCGUUUUGUUUCCCGGUCCUCGUUUCUAGAUUGCCGUAUGUUGUCUCGCAAUGUAAGGUGCUAAGCCC